AUGGCAGCUUAUUGUCCAUGCCAGUUUGGUAUGGGUCGGAUAGGGGUAAUUCAUCUUCGUCAGCUAAGAUGUGGAAAGAUUUCAAGGUUUGGAAUUGGGUCUUCAUAUUCAUGUGGGUCUGUGUUGCGAAGGAACCUCAAAUGUGUUGAAAGGCGAAGAAUGAAGCUUGUUGUCAGUGCUGAUCUCUCCAAUGCGUUCUCUGUUAACAUUGGCUUGGAUUCUCAGCCCCGUGGUAUAUCAAAGUUACCCUGGAUUGGCCCUCUACCUGGGGACAUUGCUGAGAUAGAGGCAUAUUGUAGAAUCCUUCGAGCUGCCGAACAACUUCAUAACACGUUAAUGGACACACUAUGCAAUCCAGUGACUGGAGAAUGUUGUAUCUCAUAUGAUGUGCCCUCAGAAGAUAAACAUUUACUGGAGGACAAAAUAGCUUCUGUUCUAGGAUGCAUGAUAUGUCUUCUAAACAAAGGGAGGGAGGAUGUCCUAUCAGGGAGAUCCUUGAUAAUCAACACAUGUAGUGAUUUUGAUGAGCAUGAAAUGGAUGAUAAGCUUCCUCCACUAGCUUUUUUCAGAGGUGAAAUGAAGAGGUAUUGUGAGAGCUUGCACGUUGCUCUUGAAAACUUUUUAACACCGGAUGAUCCUAGGAGCAUUGCUGUAUGGAGAAAGCUGCAAAGGCUGAAGAAUUUAUGUUAUGAUUCUGGAUUUUCCCGCGGAGAUGAUCAUCCCUGCCAUGCAUUGUUUGCUAACUGGGAUCCUGUUCAUUUUUCAUCAGAAGAAGAGGCGGAGUCUGCAAGUUCUGAGGUUGCUUUUUGGAGAGGUGGCCAGGUAACUGAAGAAGGUCUUAGAUGGCUGUUGGAGAGAGGGUUCAAAACUAUUAUAGAUCUCAGAGCUGAGACUAUAAAGGACAACUUCUAUGAAAAAGUUCUGGAUGAAGCCAUUUUUUUUGGAGAUAUUGAAGUUCUUAAACUUCCUGUUGAAGUUGGCACAACACCUUCAGUGCAUCAGGUUGAGAAGUUCGCAGCAAUGGUCUCUGAUGUAUACAGAAAACCCAUUUAUCUCCACAGCAGGGAAGGAGUUUGGAGGACAUCAGUUAUGGUCUCUAAAUGGAGACAAUACAUGACUCUUUACACACCAGACAUUGUGCCCAAUGCCUAUAAGGAUGUCCCCUCCAGUGGGAAUCCAUUGUGUGAUAGUAGUGGAACGCAGGAGGUAGGCUCUCCACCUAACUCAGAAGAAAAUGAAACUCUUACUUAUGAAGGUGUUUCUGCGACUGAUCAUGAAAGGACACUACCUAGAAGAUCAAACAACAGAACUUCUGCUGAGGAACUUCUUAGACAAAUUCCUGAAGCUAGGGAGAACAUUGAGGCUCCCAAAUCUUCAGUUGAUGCUAACAUGGAGCUGAUUGAAGGAAAUAUGUGCACGUCCUCAACUGGUGUGGUAAGAGUGCAGUCCAGAAAGAAGGCAGAAUCUUCCUUGACCUUCACUGAUCCUAGCACCCAGCAGCAGAAGCUUUCAUGGAAAUCCACGCCAAAGACCGUUCUCCUUCUAAAGAAGCUGGGACAAGAACUUUUGGAGGAAGCCAAAGAGGUUGCUUCUUUCUUGUAUUACCAAGAGAAAAUGAAUGUUCUUGUUGAACCGGAGGUGCAUGAUAUAUUUGCUCAAAUUCCAGGCUUCGGGUUUGUUCAGACCUUUUAUAGUCAAGAUACUAGUGAUCUUCAUGAAAGGGUUGAUUUUGUUGCCUGCCUAGGAGGAGAUGGAGUUAUACUCCAUGCUUCAAAAUUAUUUCGAGGGGCAAUCCCACCUGUUGUGUCAUUUAAUCUAGGAUCCCUUGGAUUUCUCACUUCCCAUACAUUCGAGGAUUAUAAGAAGGAUCUAAGACAAGUCAUUCAUGGAAAUGGAACUCUGGAUGGUGUCUAUAUAACUCUGCGAAUGCGUCUUCAAUGUGAAAUAUUCAGAAAUGGGAAAGCAAUGCCUGGAAAGGUGUUUGAUGUUCUAAAUGAAGUUGUAGUUGAUCGUGGUUCUAAUCCAUAUCUCUCCAAAAUUGAGUGUUAUGAACAUGACCGCCUCAUUACAAAGGUGCAAGCUGAUGGGGUCAUAGUAGCCACACCAACUGGAAGUACAGCUUAUUCUACGGCUGCUGGAGGUUCCAUGGUGCACCCAAAUGUUCCUUGCAUGCUCUUCACACCAAUCUGCCCACACACGCUCUCAUCCAGACCUGUCAUUUUCCCCGACUCUGCAAAGCUGGAAUUAAAGAUUCCAGAGGAUGCACGUGACAAUGCUUGGGUCUCCUUUGAUGGGAAGAGACGACAAGAACUGUUGAGAGGAGAUUCUGUUCGAAUAUGUGUGAGCCCUCAUCCGCUUCCUACAGUCAAUAAGUAUGACCAAACAGGUGAUUGGUUCUCUAGCUUGACCCGUUGCCUGAAUUGGAACCAAAGACUAGAACAGAAAGCACUCUGAAGCUAACUUGAACUAUCCUUUUUUGGUAACACUGUUAAUAUUACCAUAGACAACUUGAACUAUUCAUCCCCACAUUUAUGUA